AUGAUGGGGGUAAUUACUUCUAGUAACGCCACCUGUGUUACCAUCACCGAAGUCUCCGAGCUUGCCGACAUUAUGGAAAACGACAAGACCGUUGAAAUUGUCAAGGUCAUCGACGUACCCGUCGCUGAAGUUUGGGCAAUCAUUGCCGCAUUCGGCUCCGAAAAACUUUGGUUUCCCGGAGUCGUUCAGUCCAGUCUGGAGGGGUUCGGGAUUGGAUCCAUCCGGGCUUUGACUUUCGAUACUGGCACGGUUGUCCAUGAGAAGCUAGAAAUUGCAGACCCGAAAACGCACACUAUUUCAUAUCUCAUUAUGGAUGGCGUUCCUAACACGACCAACCCCCGCGGCACAUUGCAGUUAUCUGCUGUCGGAGACAAUCAAACCCGCUUCAGCUGGUCGGGUCAAUCGGAUUGGACUGAGCCAAGUUUCAAACCCAUUCUGGCGGGAACAUUAGAGGAGAUGUUCACUGGGUGUAUCGAUGCCAUUGAGAAGAAAAUUCAAGUCGGUACGAUUCAACCAUGCUAUUUGAAGGAUUAA